AUGCGCAUGAGCCGCGGCCAUACAAACUCACAGGAGUAAAGUUCAAAAUGGCAAGAAACGAGGAGAAACAACAAGGCAAACUGAACAGACUGUGGCUUCAGAAAGAGAGAGAGGAGGGACGCCUCAAAGAUGUACACGAACGGAGACCCAAGCUGUCUACUCUGAAUUCAGCCUCCUCUGUGAAAAAGUGGAUCCCCAGCAUCAAGAGUGAAAUAGAGUAUUAUUUGCAACAAUCCCAGCUGUCUCAUUACCCGGAGAGGAAGAUAGCCGAGUUCCAGCUGCACAUCGAGGCUUUAGAGAAACAGUACAAAAGCUUCAUCGCCAAACUACGAGUCCUCGACCCCACCUGCAAACACAAGCCGUGGACUCCUCGAGCGUACUGCAAAAGGAGAGCAGACACACAAGACUCUCCAAGUAUCGUUAAACACCCUCGGCCGUGUGAGUCGCAUGAUGGCAGCAGUCACUUGAGUGGAGGUGAGAGUGACGUGGCCAGCAACCAAACCUCAUCCCCUGAGAGACAGGAGUCUGUCACCCGUCCAGAGACCAGGUUUCAGACUACCAUCCUCACUGACCCAAACACAGAAGCCACAGAGGUAAUCUGUGCAGAUCAGGACCAGCCCCUCUCCUUUGACCGUACAAAGCUGGCGGUGGCAGCUGCUGCAUUCAGAGGAACAUCGUUUCAGAGAGGCUGCUCUGAAACACAAGGCCUUGCCAGGGUGCUGCAGUCCGGUCUACCAAACCUUGUUAAUGCUUCAUUAAGGCAAACUCAGAGCAGAGACUCACAGGAUGAUGGUGCAACAAUGGGAUAUUUUGUUGGACAAAAAAGUGCCUCUCAGGAAAAUGGUUCAGACUGUGAAACAGCAGAAAAUAUACCUGGAGAAUCAUCCAGUACUGGGACAACAGAGAAGAGGACAGGUCAUGUCCUGGGACUAGACUGUUACUCUUCCUCUGAUGAGGAGUGACACGUGAUGCUUUUCAUCAUACAUUACAUGUAAGGGUCUAUAUUGUCUUUACAAUUUGAAUUAUAAUAAAUUAAGUGCUUAACGGAACCUACCGAUGCUUUGCGUUCAUUUAAAAGCUUCCGUAAGUCCGAGACAACCCAAACAGACAUCAGAGAACUAGCGGUGAAAGCCCCCUGCUGCAUUUUCUCAAAUUACAAUGUCUCUGCCGAAAAGUUGCACAGGAACACACCAAACCGACAGCCAAGAAGCACAUUUGUUCUGCACCUGCGUGACAGGACAUACCCCUCCAUACCAGCAGACGGCAGGUAUCUGUAAUAAAAAAGAAUAACAUGGAGACUGUCUUAACACCAGUUAGCACAAAAACAACACAAUCAAAUUUUGAAAGAACAAAUCAUAGUUUGUACGCUAGUCAAAAAAA